AUAUUUGCAUGUGAAAGUAGCGAUUCGUUCAGACCUCUAAAGCAGUGGCACCCCCUUUCCCCCAUACAACGGGAAGUUUGAUAUUGUAUUAAGGAAAAAGAUAGGCGGUGUUCUCUACCUGAAGGUGUUGAUCAAAAGUCAAUAAGUUUGAUUAAAAAACAGAGAAACUAUAGUUUUUAUAUAGAAAAUUAUUAAGUAACGUGACAUGUCUCACCCGAGACAAUUAAGACAGGGUAUGGAUCCCGUUUACAGUGAAGUAAGACGAGGAAACUUCAUCCCUCAACAAGGUGUACAAUUAAACGGACAGAUGUCGCUGCACGGCAACCAACACCCUCCACCGCCCGUUCCGAUUAAGACGACUAACGGAGACAACCAAUACGGUUCUCUACCCCCUUCUGUUAGCCAAGCAGGAGUACCUCUAACACACCACUUUCAAACCCCAAUUCCCAUUCAACCACAAGCACCUAAAAUUAAUCAAAAUUAUGAUCCAACAUUAUGGUCCAUUAAGAGGCAAUACGAAGAGCAAGAACAAGUUAUGGCAUUUGCUGAUGAUACAUUCGACGACCAAGAAUCCAUCAAGGAUGUUUACAUUGAAGAGAGAUCGCAAAACGGCGUUCAUAAUUAUGAAAACGCACCGGCCGGUGGUAGAGCUAAAAAUAGCUCAAGAGAAUAUAUGAACACCUUUGAUGAUUAUGGCAGUAAAAGUUGGGAUAGACAACUUGGUUACUGAGAAGUAAAAAAAAAAAAGAAAAACGUCAUUUGAAGAAAUUUUAUACACCGCAUAAUACAAAUAUACAGCGCAAAUAUAUAGCAAAACAAAUUCACUCAUCACUCCAUCUCAAUUAUCCUAAUAACCAUACUCCCAUCCAUCCUAUUGUAUUUUUUUUACUUAAAAUUUCCUAAGAUUCUUUCCCUGCAGCUUAAAAAAUUAUGUGUACAGUGCUUCAAAAACCUAACAUUACAAAUGAACGUUGAAACAAAACAAUCUUAUUCUUAUUCUUCUUCUCUCUCUGUCUGUCUGUCUGUCUGUCUCUCUCUAUACAUAUAUAUAUAUAUAUGAGAAAAGACAAGACAACAAAUAUCUACUACCACUACUACUACCAUUAGCACUACAGCUACAAAUAUUCCGUGAAAAUCUUCUUAAAACAAGCGUCUAUUACAUAAUGAAAAUUUUAUAGUAAAUAUUUAUAUAGGUUUUGCUCUAAUAAUGUAUUUUUUUUUAUUUUGGGGAACUUUUAAUACAUCUAUAAAUCUAUUUAUGAGAUUUAAAAUAAA